GACUCUCAGGUCCCCCAGACAUCGACCAGCAGCCUCCAUGAUGCCAUACUGCAGAGUGAACCUCAGCAUCAUGACCUUCCUGGUCAUCCUGCAGGGGGCGGCGGUGGUGCUGUUCUGCGGCUGGUACUUGCAGCUCAGCCCCUCCAACGGCAAAGUCCACGUCCUGCUGCUGUCGUCGUGGCGAUCGGGCUCGUCCUUGAUGGGCCAGGUGUUCAGCCAGCACCCGUCCGUCUUCUACCUCAUGGAGCCGGCGUGGCACGUCUGGACCCGGCUGCGGAAUCAAGGCGCCCGGUCGCUCCGCAUGGCGGUGAGGGAUCUGCUGCGGAGUGUCUUCCAGUGCGACCUCUCUGUGAUGGAGGCCUACAUGCAGGAGCCAUACAGGUUCACCUCCUUGUUCAUGUGGGCCCAAAGCCGGGCCCUUUGCUCACCGCCGGCUUGUAUGUUGACGCCACGGAACCAGUUAAGCAACAGAACUGAGUGUGAGCAGCACUGCAAAGCUCAGGGCCUGCAGCGAGCUGAGGAGGCCUGCAACACCUACAGCCAUGUGGUGCUAAAGGAGGUGCGCUUUUUUGAGCUGGAAUCUCUUUACCCCCUUCUGCAGGACCCCAGCCUGGAUCUCCGCAUCAUCCACCUGGUCCGGGACCCGCGGGCGGUUUUCCGAUCCAGGGAGGAGUCGGCCUAUGACUUGAGGCGUGACAGUGCCACUGUGUUGGAGCAGUGUAAAGUCCCGGCCGAAGAGGUGCAGCACCAGGUCAUGCAGGAGAUCUGCCGUAGCCACAUGAGCAUCAACGAGCGUGCCGUCCUGAAGCCGCCUCCAUUUCUGAAGGGCCGCUACAAGAUGGUGCGCUACGAGGACAUGGUGCUCAACCCGCUGGAGGAGAUCGAUGCUAUGUUCGAGUUUGUGGGUUUGGAGAUGACGCAGCAGCUGAAGGAGUGGGUAUACCGUAUGACCCACGGGAAGGGCAAAGGAAGAAGGAAAGACGCAUUCAAAGUCAUAUCGCGAGAUGCUGACCUCGUGUCUCAGGCGUGGCGCACAAUGCUGCCGCACAGCAAAGUCAAACGCAUCCAGGAGGUGUGCAAAGGCGCCAUGUCACUGCUCGGCUACAAGACAGUCAACAGCGACGAAGAGCAGAAAAGACUCGACAUAGAUCUGCUGGUGCCUCGGGAGCCUGAUCAGUAGUCAUGGAUGUGGGAUCCCCGAAUCAGCCAUAAGGAUGAGAGCUAGAAGGUGCAACAGCAAAACGAGGGAGCACGGUAUGAUAUUAUAACCUGUGCUAUAAUGCUAUAUGCUAUAACCUAAUGAAUGUGUGACCUAAUCAAAUGCUUAUUUUUUAUAUUGUUUAAUUUUGAAACAGUGCAAAAAUCAGAAGAGUACCUCAUUCAGAAGAAUGAGGAGUUGAUUAUUUUUUGGAAGAUGUCUUUUUUUAUACAUUAUCUGAGAUAAGUCUUUGUUAUAUUCUUUGAUGUUGAAUAUUGAAUACUGGUCUGAUAUAAUCCAGGACAGUCUCAUUGUAAUGGUAAAGAGUGGUUGGUCGAUGCAUGGAGAAGUGCACAAGUGCGGAGGGGGAGGAUGUUUGCUGCUCCUUGUAGAAAAAUGUUCUACAAGGACAGUUCUUGAAGGUAGUGCUGCCCCAGAACAAACAGGAAGUUCCUGCAGUGGAAAGCGACUUAUUGCUGUUGGACAUGAACAUGAAAAGCUCACAUAGGGCUGAUGAAAUCUGCAGCAGCAUCCUGAAGGCCACUGUGAAUGUUAUCCUGAAACCACUUGUUUACUGUAUAAAUCUAUCCUUAAUCACUGGGAGAGUUCCAAAAAUGACUAAAAUUGCUCAAAAUCUCCCCAUUUAUAAAUCUUGGGACAAAAACUAAUAUCUGCAACUGCCGGACAAUUUCCAUACUGCCUACGCUGUCCAAAGCACUGGAAAGGACCGUGUACAACAGACUUCAUGGUUACUGUAAUAAACUUCAGAUCCUCCCCUCCUCCCAGUAUGGCUUCAGGAAACACAGCGCUACUUGCAUGCCGCUUCUAGAUUUAAUUGAAAAAAUGAAUGCUGCUAUUGACAAUGGUGAAGAUGCCACUAGAAUUUUCCUUGAUCUGUCAAAGGCUUUUGACACCAUUGAUUUUGAGACUCUGCAUGGCAAAGUGCCCACUAUGGCGUUAGAGGUACUGCUUUGAGCUGGUUCAGAAGCUACUUACAGGAUAUAAAAUGGCCACGAAUCACAGGGAAAAAGAAUUAAGCAUGGGGACAUCCGCGCUGCACUGUGCAUACAUAAUACAUGCACGAUGCAGCGCGGAUGUCUGCGUUUAGAUACAGCUGUAUAGUAAACGCUGACAUCCAUGUUUACGAUAGAACGCGGACAUCCGCGCUGCAGCGUGCAUACAUAAUACAUGCACGAUGCAGCGCCGACAUUCGUCCAUGUUCCGCGCUCCGGUCGGAAGGUGAUUUCUGUUGCAUUGCGCGCUCACUUCUGCUUUUGAUGACAUAUCGUGCUCAGACGACUCGUCGACGCGUCGUUAGUUGCAGCCCUACUUCAGGCUCUAGCUAAUAUGGAGUUGGAGAG